AUGGCAUCGACUAUCAAGACGGAUAUAAUCAUCUCAAUCCGCCAGCCUCAUCUUGACCACAUCGUCAGCAUGAAGAAGAAACAUGAAUUCCGAGGAUACCUGCUUCCUAGCACCGUUACACGUUUCUGGAUAUAUGAACCGAGCCCAGUAUCUGCUAUUAAGUAUACAGCAGAAGUUAGCAAUGGAAAGCGGCCUGGAGAGGUUGUUGAUGGUGGAUUUAUUCGUAAUUCCGACUUCAACGAAGGCAAGAUCGCGGAUGGAAAAUUCGCAUAUGAGAUUCUAAAACUGAAAGUUUUGGAAAGUCCAAUCACCCUGCAGCAGUUGAAAGAUAAAGGUUGGCUUGCUAGUGCGCCACAGAAAUACUGCUAUGUCAAAGAAGAGAUGGCUCUUGGCUUGAGAGAUAUCAAAACUACCGCCAUAUCGUCUCAUUCUAGCAAAAUAUGGCUUAAUGAUGCCUCUGAGAAAGCGAAAUCGGAGAGUCAGUCUGAAACUCAAGGUAGUCUUACCACCAGUUUACCUAUAUACCUGUCACGUCAUUGA